AUGGCGUCGCUCUUUACAGCACGGCGGAAACCGAAGCGCAUUGCACGGGACGAGGCAGACCACGAGCCAGAUGAUGGCGAGGAAGACUCCGGCCCCGUGGUCCGACGACCGACGCACAACGCACCGCGCACGAAGUCCAAAUUACGAGUCUCGUUCAACCCGGGUGAGGAGGAUGGGUCAGGGACAGGAGAAGGUUCAAUUACCACUGGCGCAACACCACAAAGCAAAUCGGCAACCAGACUGGGUCUCUCGAGCGCCGCACAGGACAUCCUCAGCCGAAGAGAGCACGAGGACAGCAGAGACGGCGAAGGCGGUCAGAACCACGACAGACCGAAAUACAACAAAGCCUACCUGGAUGAACUGCGCAACUCGACGCCCUCGACGCCGCGCGACCUGUCGUCUCGGGACAGUCCGUCAUUGGACCUGAUCGAGCCGUCGACGAAUCUCGAACUCGAUCUGGAAAGCAAAUUCGGCAAGUCCGCAGCUCUGUCCGCUACGAGAUCCCCCCACAUCCCCAGCGCCGCCGAGAUCAGGGAGAAGAAAGAAAGGCGAGCGCGGUUGGCCAAGGAGCAGGCGGCGGAAAAGUCGGAAGAUUUCAUCGCGCUCGACGACUACGACUCAGAUGGAGAAUUCAAACCGCGGCGCAUGCAGGUCUCGUCCUACCUGGCGCCGCCGCGGGAGAAGGACACACGCCUGGUCCGCGAAGACGAGGACAUCGCCGAGGGCUUCGACGACUUCGUCGAGGACGGCGGGCGCGUCACGCUGUCCAAGAAGGGCCUCCGGGAACAGAGCCGCCGGGAGAAGGAAGCGAUCCGGCACCUUAUCGAUGCCGCCGAGGGUGCCAGCCCCGACAAUCACUCGGUCGACGACGGUGGGGGCGGUGGCUCUGCGUCCGACGACGACUCGGACUACGAACGGCGCCACGAGUACGAGCUGGCGCAGACACACCACGGCAUGGACGGACUGUCCUCGCACGCCGUGCACACACGGCACCUCAACCGCCCCCGCCAGCCGCGCGAGACCACGCCCAUCCCCAAACUCAGCGUCGGGCUGAGCCGUCUGCGCGACAUGGUCUCAGCCCUGGAGUACGAGCGGGCCAAGAUCGCGAAGCGCCGGGCCGACAUCGCGCGCGAGAAGGCCGAGAUCACGCAGAGCCAGGAGCACAUCCAGCGCAGCCUCGAAGAGGCGGGCCGGGAGCUGGAGCGGGUCACGAGGGAACACGCCGAGAAGGUCAACAACAUCAACAACAACGGGGGCAGAGCCGGGACGCUGCCCAUGGACACGACCGAGGGCCAACCGCCUGACUCCUCGAAUGCAGCGCCCUCGGGGCUGGUGGUCGAGAGAGGGUUGGAGUCGUUCGGCGACCACCGGUCUGGAUGA